UGGGACAUUCACCACGGCAGAUUCCGUUAACCGUCGAUACCGAGGUGAAGCUCGGAGGUCGUAGUCAGAUGUCAUAUAACCAGCUCACUCGAGCCUGUCGUGACGUGAAAAUGUGAGUCUCGAGGUAGGCUAGGUCAACUAAAGCAUACAAACCACCAAGAUGAAGUGGACCACGCUCGUCGUAUCUCUCCUCCCGCUGGUGUCGGCUGCUCCCAAGAAGCAGGAGAUACCCGAGACGUUUUCAGAGCGCGUCAUCUUCACGCCUCCCGACGACUACACCGACCCGCGCGUGCUAUACGCCCGGACAGCUCAAUUCGAGGAUGGCACCCUGCUGGCGACGUGGGAGAACUACAGCCCCGAGCCUCCCCCGGUGUACUUCCCCAUCUUCCGCUCCACCGACGGCGGCUACAGCUGGAAGGAGAUCUCGCGUGUUCAGGACACAGCCAACGGACUAGGUCUCCGCUACCAACCAUUCCUAUACAUCCUCCCCGAGCCCAUGGGCGGCUUCCCCAAGGACACCGUCCUCCUCGCCGGCAGCUCCAUCCCCACGGACCUCUCCACCACCCAAAUCGACCUCUACGCCUCCACCAACCGCGGCAAGACCUGGGAAUUCGUCUCCCACAUCGCCGCGGGCGGCGAAGCCAUCCCCAACAACGACAAGACCCCCGUGUGGGAGCCCUUCCUCCUGCAGCACGGCGCCUCGCUCAUCUGCUUCUACUCGGACCAGCGCCAGAACACGACCUACGGCCAAAAGAUGGUGCACCAGACCACCACCGACCUGCGCGCGUGGGGCCCCGUCGUCGACGACGUCACCUCGCCCAUCUACCCGGAGCGGCCGGGGAUGCCGACGGUCGCGCGGCUGCCCAACGGGCAGUUCAUCAUGACGUACGAGCACGGCGGCGCCGCGGUGCUGCCGACCUACCAGUUCCCCGUGCACUACAAGCUGGCGGCCGACCCGGAGGCGUUCGGCGCGGCCGAGGGGGUGCCGCUGCGCACGACCGAGGGCGGCCAGAUCCCGACGGGGUCGCCGUAUGUGGUGUGGAGCGCGGCGGGCGGGGUGAAUGGGACGAUUAUUGCCGGCGCGCAUAGCUCGGGGGACGUGUUUGUUAAUACGGACUUGGCGGCGCCCGGGUCGCUGUGGCGCCGGGUAGCUACGCCCGCGGAUAAUGCGUAUACGCGCCACUUGAGGGUGUUGAAUGGGGAUGGGCCGCCGAGGUUGUUGAUUAUGGGCGCGGGCCAGCUGCCGCCGAGUACGACGAACCGGGUGAUGGUGACGGUGAUGGAGAUUGGUGAUUGGUAGGGUGUGUAGGGUAGAGGUUGAUGUAUUGAUAUGACCGGCCGAGAUAGAAGGAAUUGUAAGCCUGGUCUCGAAAUUGGCCAUAGGAACGA